AAGCUUCGCUGCCACGGACCACGGAGUGCCACGGACUACGAACUAGUAGUACGCUCCGCGACACAGUGGUAUAUACAGGUGAUUUCGAAUGAACUUUUAUAUAGUGCUAUUUACGUGUCAAAAUAGCCUCUCUCAAAAACCGUUUUUUAUAUCCUUGCAAUGGAUAAGUUUAUGAUGAAGCUAAGAUUUUCACGCGUGUAAAGUGUCCCAUCCUAUCAUAGCAAUCGAAAAUUUCGUGUGUUGUGAUUUUUGUGCAAUAUGAAGUGGUGUGGGGGUAACCCCAAAGUUUUCAAAUACUUUCUCACCCUUAUACUAGCUUAUUGGACUAUUUCUGUCGUUUUGGGAGAUACAAGGCUGCUUACAAACUCAGGUGACCCCACUGGCCUCAUCUGUCCAUUUGGAUCGUUCAGGUGUCCAGAGGGAAAGUGUAUCCCGUCUCUAUUGGUUUGCAAUUACCAGGCGGAUUGUGAGAAGGCAGAGGAUGAGUUUCAGUCAUGUCCUCCCCCAGAAUGUGAGUCAGGACAGAUCACAUGUCGACAAUACAUAUGGAACAAAACGUACUGUAUACCUCCACAUUACCGCUGUGAUAUGACAGUUGACUGUAUCGAUGGAUCAGAUGAAAGUGAAUGUACUUAUAGAAAGUGUCAAAAUGAGGACUUCCACUGCGGCACUAGAGCUACCGAUCCGUGCAUUCCAAAAGAGAAAAAGUGCGACGGGUACUAUGAUUGCCGAACCGGAAAAGACGAAGAAAAUUGUCCAGGGGUGUCAUGUCGCUUGGAUCAAUUUAGAUGCGCCAAAGGCCACAGGUGUAUCGAGAUGUCACAGAAGUGCGAUCAUAAGGAUGAUUGUGGAGAUAAUUCGGAUGAACAAGGAUGCAACUUCCCCAUAUGCCACGGCGUCCAAUUUCGUUGCGCCAACGCCCUUUGUAUCCCCGGAGCCUUCCGUUGUGACGGUUAUCAAGAAUGUUCCGACGGAUCGGACGAGUUGAAUUGCACAGCCAUCGCUUGUCCCGAAAAUAAGUUUCUAUGUCCUAGAGGAGGUCCUACUGGAGGCUAUAAAUGUAUUCCGAAGAGCAAGUUGUGUGAUGGAAAGAAAGAUUGCGAGGAUAACGCUGACGAAGAGGCUGCUUGCUCCAAAAUGUUUUGUCCAUCCCUCGGAUGUGAUUACAAAUGCCAGGCUUCACCAACUGGCGGUUCGUGCUAUUGUCCUGAAGGCCAACAACUACUACCUGACAAUAAAACUUGCACAGAUCGCGACGAAUGCACCGAAUGGGGGUUCUGCGAUCAACUGUGUUCGAAUACAGAUGGCGGGUAUUCUUGCUCCUGUGCUCCUGGGUAUACGGCCAAGGACAAAAUUCGGUGCCAAGCUGUGAACUCUAGCUCCAUGAUGCUAUAUUUUGCUAAUGAUAAAGCUAUUGUCAGUAUGAAUAAGACUGGAGGAGAAUUGAACGUUGUCGUUAAUACUACGGAGGCUAGUGGAUUAGAUUUCCACUACUACAAGAAUAUGUUAUUUUGGUCAGAUGUCAAAACAAAAAAGGUUCACUCCCAGCAACUUAUUGGAACACCUGGUUUUGCAUCUCCUGAUAUAGACCUAUCACUUCCUGGUUCCUGGUUACCCGUAGCAAUAGCAGUCGAUUGGAUAGGAAACAAACUCUAUGUUGCUGAUUCGAUUGGUCAAAAAAUCGAUAUAUUCGAGCUCCAAGGAAAAUUGCAUGCUAUAGUCUUGGGGUCAAACCUAUCAAGCCCAGCAGACCUAGCUCUGGACCCCACUAUAGGUUAUAUGUUUGUAGCAGACGGCUCUCAAGUACUGAGAGCAAAUAUGGAUGGUACCAAAUCUGUUUCGAUAGUAUCUGAAGCUGCUUACAAAGCAUCAGGAAUAUCAGUGGAUAUCAUAACCCAGAGAGUAUAUUGGUGCGACUCACUAUUAGAUUAUAUUGAAACUGUUGAUUAUGAUGGUCAAAAAAGAUUCCUGGUUGUGAGAGGACAACAGGUGCCUAGCCCCUCGCGUUUGACCAUAUUUGAGAGCAGAAUUUACUGGAGCGAUGGUACUAAACAAGGAGUAAUGUCUAUUGAUAAAUACGAUACUAGCAGUAUUCAGUCAAUAUUCCGUAUGCCUGAUAUAAGAGAUCCUAAAGCCAUAAAAGCAAUUCAUGGGCUCAGUCAACCAAUGAUUACUAACCCUUGCGGAAACAACAAUGGAGGAUGUCAACAUAUGUGUGUAGUAACGAACAAUGGUCCUCAUAUUGGAUUUAGAUGCGCUUGCAAUAUAGGCUGGCGGUUAGCCCAAGAUGAAAGAAAUUGUGAGUUAGUUGACGACUUCUUGAUGUAUUCUCAGCAGAGGUUCAUCAAAGGUCGAGUUCUGAACCCUGUGGUUGAAGGAUUCAGUGAUGCUAUGCUGCCGGUUGUAUCAAGAAGAGCAAGAUUCGUCGGUUUAGAUUUUGAUGCCGAAGAUCGAUAUAUUUACUAUUCAGAUGUGCUUCAAGAUGUCAUUUACCGAGUACAUAGAAAUGGAACUGCUAAAGAAAUUGUCUUGGCUUCUCAAAAUGAGGGUGUAGAAGGUUUAGCUGUUGACUGGGCUGCAAAAAACCUAUACUAUAUCGAUAGUCGUAAGGGAACUCUUAAUGUUUUGUCGACACGUAAUGUAACUUACAAAAGAACUCUGUUGAAAAAUUUGAAGAGACCGAGAGCAAUCGUUGUCCACCCUAAUAAAGGUUAUGUUUUCUUCUCUGAGUGGGAUCGCCCAGCGAAUAUUUCUAGAGCACUCAGUGAUGGAAGCAAAUUGAUUGUUUUUAAAAAUUUAACUCUUGGUUGGCCAAAUGGGCUCUCCAUUGAUUUUCAAGCAGAUAGGCUGUACUGGUGUGAUGCCCUCCUUGAUCAUGUACAACAUACGAAUUUAGAUGGUACUGAUGUGAAGACUGUCAAUUCCAGGCUCAUAAGACAUCCUUUCAGUAUAGUUAUUUAUGGUGAUUUCAUGUACAUAACUGAUUGGAGGCUAGAUGCUAUAAUCAAGCUGCACAAGUUGCAUGGAGGUGAUGAAGAAACGUUGAUUAAAGAGCCACAGACCAAUCGACUGUAUGGUGUGAAGAUAUAUAGCAAGAGAGAACAACACGUCAUUCCUACUCACCCGUGCUGGCAAAACAACGGUGGUUGCCAGAAACUAUGUUUUGCUAUUCAUGACGAAACUAGGAACAUCCUCACUGCUAAAUGCGGAUGUCCUUAUGGAGAACGAUUAACUGCUCAGGAAACCUGUGAGGCUGAUCCUAAUCACGAACCACCAGUUCAAGCUUGCCCAAAUAGCUGGGAUUUCACUUGCGACAAUCAGAGAUGUAUACCGAAAUCAUGGGUUUGUGACGGUGACGAUGACUGUUUGGAUAAUAGUGAUGAGAGCCAAAAUUGUUCAAAGCCAACCUGUGGUGCCAAUGAAUUUCAGUGUAAAACGAGCCGUUGCAUUCCUUUAACCUUCAAAUGUGAUGCUGAAAACGAUUGUGGUGACUUCAGUGACGAGACUGGCUGUGUUAACGUGACUUGUAGUAGUACACAAUUUCAUUGCAAUAAUGGGAGAUGUAUUCCAAACAGUUGGAAGUGUGAUUCUGAGAAUGAUUGCGGGGAUGGUUCUGAUGAAGGAGAUUCAUGCGCGGAAAAAACUUGCGCCUAUUUUCAAUUCACCUGUCCCAAAAAUGGGCAUUGCAUACCUCAGAAUUGGGUUUGCGAUGGUGAUGAUGACUGUUUCGAUAAACAAGAUGAACAAGACUGCCCUCCGAUCACUUGUCAACCUAACCAAUUUAAGUGUGCUGAUUUGAAACAAUGUAUUCAGGAAAGCUACAAGUGUGAUGGAAUUCCAGAUUGUAACGAUGGAAGUGAUGAACUUGGAUGUCCUUCAAUUGCUCCUGAUCAGUGUAAUCCAGAAAAACAAUUCCAGUGUAUCAAAUCCGGAAUAUGUAUCCCGAAAGCCUGGCAUUGCGAUGGCACUCCUGAUUGCGAUGAUAGAUCUGAUGAACCUAUGUCAUGUGGGAAUAUCAAUUGCCCAAAUAAUUUUUAUAAAUGUAAUAGUACUCAAUGCAUAUUCAAGGCCUACAUAUGUGAUGGAAAAACCGAUUGUGAGGAUGGCUCAGACGAGAGCUACCUUCACGCAUGUGUAAAACCUCCGUAUAGAUGUCCCUCUGAUCAAUGGCUAUGCCCUGGUAUAUCAGAACGUUGUAUUAAUCUGACGAAUGUUUGUGAUGGUAAACCAGAUUGCCCUAAUGGAGCUGAUGAGGGACCCGAUUGUACUUUUGCUGAAUGUAAUCACCAAGGUGGACUCUGUUCUAAUGGAUGCAAGCAAACACCGCAGGGCCCAUUAUGCAUGUGUCCCCCUGGAGAAACUUUGAGCGAAGAUGGCAUAAACUGUGAAGAUCUUGAUGAAUGCAAUCCACCUGGUAUAUGUUCCCAAACUUGUACCAACACAAAGGGUUCCUACUUUUGCAGCUGUAUUGGAGGGUACGCUUUAGAACCUGAUAAGCAUUUUUGUAAAGCCUAUAAUCAUUCUGCUGCAUUCUUGAUAAUAUCUAAUAGACAUUCUAUACUGGUAGCUGAUUUGAAGGAUCAGGGAUUAGAAAGGGUACCAAUUAUCGUAGAAAACGUAGUAGCAACUGCUUCUAACAUGCAUACUGGUACAAUCUUUUGGUCCGAUAUGAAACUGAAAAAAAUAUCCAAACUAGAUAAAGGCAUGGAACCAGUGAAUGUGAUAUCAACAGGAUUAGACUUGGUGGAAGGAUUGGCAUAUGAUUGGAUUGGAAAUAAUAUUUACUGGUUGGAUUCAAAACUAAAUACUAUAGAAGUUGCCAAAGUAGAUGGGUCAAAUAGGAUUGUUCUGGUUAGAGAAAACAUAACGCAGCCUAGAGGAAUGUGCUUGGAUCCGAGUCCAGGAACGAGGUGGCUAUUCUGGACAGACUGGGGAGAAAAUCCGAGGAUUGAAAGAAUUGGAAUGGAUGGCACUAAUCGAUCUACCAUUAUCAACACUAAAAUCUAUUGGCCAAAUGGUCUCACCCUUGAUACUACUACUCAAAGAGUAUAUUUCGCUGAUUCAAAACUAGAUUUCAUCGAUUUCUGUUAUUACAAUGGAUCUGGCAGACAGCAAGUGUUGGCUGGUAGUCAUUAUCUGUUACACCCUCAUUCGUUAACGCUGUUUGAAGAUACAUUAUUCUGGACUGAUAGACAACUCAAUAGAGUAUUGUCUGCACACAAAUUCAAGGGAAAUAAUCAGUCGGUGGUAUCCCACCUCAUAUCCCAACCAUUGAGCAUUCAUGUUCACCAUCCUUCUUUACAACCAAUCACUGUGAAUGACUGUGCCUAUGCUCCUUGCCAACAUAUAUGCCUACUUUCUCCCUCAUCUAACACUGGUUAUACAUGUAAAUGUAAGCCUGGCUUCAAACUCAAUCCUGGAGGAAUAUGCAGCGAAGAAGAUAACGUGUUCUUGAUGGUUAUGAAAGGUUCUCAGAUUGUUGACGUCUCAUUGACUUCUGGGGAUAGUUCUGUUGGUUUCAUAACACCAGUUGUUGGCAUUGAACAUGGUAUUCAAGUUGAAUACGAUAGAAAGAGUAAUCUGAUCUACUGGGUUGAAAGCAAAGAUGAGAGUGGAGAAAAUUGUACAAUCUGGAGUAUACCUUACAGUGGAGGCAACAAAACUCAAGUUCUUGGUAUCGACUCAGGCAUUGUCGGCUCGCCCUCUACCAUCGCAUUUGACUGGCUAGGAAGAAAUCUCUACAUUGGCAACCGUAUGACCAGUAAUAUAGAAGCUGUUAGAAUUGAUGGCAAAAUAAAAUACCGAGUUGUAAUCUUAGCAAAUGACGGUAACGCAACAUCAGUAGGUAGGCCUAGAGCGAUUUGUGUAGAUCCUCCAGAUGGUAAAUUAUAUUGGACAGACGAGGGUGGUUACGGAGUUCCUGCUAAAAUUGGGAAGGUUGACAUGGAUGGAAGCAACUCGAUAGUCCUAGUAGACGAUAUUGAAAAACCAAAUGCCAUCGCAAUCGACAUAGAAACAAAAACUUUAUACUUCACUUCUGAACAUCCACCGCUCAUAGGCAAGAUAAGCGUGAAUGGUAAAAAGAGAGCUACCAUAUUGAAUGAAGAGAACUACAUAGCAUCUCCUAGAGCAAUAGGUGUCAUGGGAAGUCGGCUGUUCUAUUUAGAUACCGUAUUUGAAAAGUUGGUUCAAGUCGCUUUGCCUUCGGGGGGAAAUGCUAAAGCAAUAAUGGAAAAUGAAUCAUCAUUGAAGUCAUUUACCAUAUUCAAGAAACGACCACUUGGUGACCAUCCUUGCCUACAGAACAAUGGUGGUUGCGAACAGCUCUGUAUCCCCGCGGAAGGUAGAACGAGAACUUGUGCAUGUGGGAUAGGCUAUAGGAAAAAUGAGUUCAGCUGCUCCCCGUACAGAACAUUUGCGGUAGUUUCCCAACUUGAUCUGAUCAGGGGUUUUAGUCUCAAGGACAGUGCGGAGGCCAUGACACCUAUAUCAGGUGCCGGUCAUCAUAUCUUGCACGUAGACGUUCACUUUGCCGAUAACUGGGUUUAUUGGGUUGAAUACAGCAGAGGUUAUUGGAAUGGAAUUUUCAGGAUCAGACCUAAUGGUACUGAAUUACAACACAUUAUCAAAGACGGCAUCGGCAGUAAUGGUAUUAGAGGUAUAGCGAUCGACUGGGUUGCUGGAAAUAUGUACUUCACCAAUGUCUUUCCACAUGAGAACUAUGUAGAGGUUUGCAGAUUAGAUGGAAAACAUAGAAAAAUAAUUGUCAAGAGUACCACAGAUGCACCAAGAGAAUUGGCUGUCAAUCCAAUCAAAAGAAUUCUUUAUUGGAUUGACUAUGGCCAAUAUCCCAGAAUAGGUAAAUCUAACCUGGAUGGAUCUGAAUGGCAACCGCUUAUAACUUCCGGCAUAAGCAACCCGACAGAUCUAACUAUCGACUUGAAUACUCACGACGUCUAUUGGGUAGAUUCGAAAUUAGAUAUGAUACAAAGAAUAUCUUACAGUGGGGGUCUGAGAACGGUCAUAAGAAGAAAUUUGCCAAACCCAAUGGGUAUAGCAGUCUACAAAUCUGAACUCUACUGGGUUGAUAGAAACCUGAAAUCUCUGGUCAAAGCAUCUAAACUACCAGGUAAUACUUCAUUGCCAAAAACAAUGAGAUCUAACCUAGAAAAACUAAGAGAUAUAGUCAUAUACGAUAUUACUAAUCAACCAACGGAUGACUCUAAUCCUUGUCAGAGAUUCAGCAAUGGAGGCUGUGAACAAUUAUGCUUUGCGUUGCCUGAUGAUAUUUCUACACCUAAAAAAUCAAAUUUCAGAUGUGAUUGUGCUACUGGAAAUAUCACAACUGAUGGUAAAAAGUGUGGAUUUGUGGAUGAAUAUUUAGUAUUUUCUACCAGAACCGAAGUGCGAUCAAUAAGUUUAGAUCCUCAGUCAACAACUAUACCGUUCGCACCAGUGGCCAAUCUUACAAAUGUUGUUGGAAUUGAUUUCGACUACAAACGCCAAACCUUGUUUUUCACACAAAUAAGACCAUGGGCUAGAAUAGCCCGGAUGUCGGCUACAAACCCAGAUAGUAAAACAAUAGUGAACUUGAGAAAUAAAGGUAUCAAUCCAGAAGGUAUUGCUUAUGACUGGACUCAACAGAAAAUCUAUUGGACUGACUCCUCAAAUCGCAGCAUAUAUGCUAUGAACUUGGAUGGUUCUCACUUGAUAAUGAUUGCCAAGGUGGAACGGGCUAGAGCUAUAGCUAUAGAUCCUUGCAAUGGAACUCUAUUUUUUACUGAUUGGGGUAAGUUUGGUAACACUGGUAAAAUAUUCCGAACAACAAUGGCAGGAUCCUUGAAGCGGGUUAUCAUCGAUAAAGAUUUAGCCCAACCAUCAGGUUUAGCUAUAGAUUACGAUGAGCAUAUGUUAUAUUGGACUGACGCUGUUAGGGAGAAAAUUGAGAGAUCGGAUCUCAACGGAAGAAAUAGAGAAGUAUUGAUAACAGCCACAAUUUAUCCAUUCUCGAUCACAAUUUUUGGUAAAUACAUCUACUGGACUGACUUACAACUACGAGGUGUUUAUCGUGCAGAGAAACAUACAGGUGCUAACAUGAUCGAAAUAGUGAAGAGAUUAGAGGACAGUCCAAGAGAUAUUCAAGUUUACUCUGCCUACAGACAAAAAUGUAGCGUGAAUCCUUGCCUUAUAAAUAAUGGUGGUUGUGCCCAAAGCUGCCAUCCUGGGCCGAAUGGCACGGCAGAAUGUAGAUGCGAUGAUAAUAGCAAAUUGGUCAAUGAAGGAAAGAUGUGUGUGGCUAAAAAUUUGAGCUGUGAUUCUAGCAAGUUCUACUGCGCUAAUGGAAGAUGCAUAUCGAGAAUGUGGGCUUGUGAUGGAGAAGAUGAUUGUGGAGAUAAUAGUGAUGAGGAUACCAACUAUUGUUCUUUCCAUUCUUGCUCUGCUAAUGAAUUCCGUUGUGCAAACGGUCGCUGUAUAUUCAAAUCUUGGAAAUGUGACCAUGAGAACGACUGUAAAGAUGGAUCUGAUGAAACGGAUUGUCAAUAUCCACCAUGUGCUCAAGGAGAAUUCACUUGUGCUAAUCAUAGAUGUAUUCCAAUGGCCCAGGUUUGUAAUGGAGUUAAUGAUUGUAAAGAUAAUUCAACCUCCGAUGAAACUCAUGAAAGAUGCCCCACAAAUACUACGUGUCCACCAAAUCAUCUCAAAUGUGAAAAAACUAAUAUUUGUGUUGAACCAUAUUGGCUUUGUGAUGGUGAUAACGAUUGUGGUGACAAUUCUGAUGAAAAUCCAUUACAUUGUGCUGAUAGAACCUGUCCUCAGAAUAGUAUCAGAUGUUCCAAUCACCGAUGUAUUCCAGCUACAUGGUAUUGUGAUGGUGAUGACGAUUGUGGAGACGGAGCUGAUGAACCUCCAGAGUACUGUAAGAGUGAUGGGAGAACCUGUUUCGGGGAUUUAUUCACUUGUGAUAAUGGAAACUGCGUCCCUAGAAUCUACAUUUGUGAUGGCGAUAAUGACUGUUUAGAUAACAGUGAUGAGGAUAGUAGACAUGAAUGCAAUGAUAGAAAAUGUGAUGAGGAAACCGAAUAUACUUGUGAAGCAAAUAAGGAAUGGGGUAGGGCACAGUGUAUCCCAAAAAAAUGGCUUUGUGAUGGAGAUCCGGAUUGUGUAGAUGGCGCUGAUGAAAAUGCCACAUUGCAUCAGUGCGCAACUCCACAACCCUGCAGUGAAGAUCAGUUCAAUUGUACUAAUGGAAGAUGUAUCAAUAAAGGAUGGGUCUGUGAUCACGAUAACGAUUGUGGAGACGGUUCUGAUGAAGGCAAAGAAUGUAGUUCGAAAUAUAGAACUUGUUCAACCAAUGAGUUCACUUGUCAAAACUUCAAAUGUAUUCGAAACCAAUACAGAUGUGAUGGGGAAGACGAUUGUGGUGAUCAUUCAGACGAAGUUAAUUGCAAUAAAGAAAAUAGAACUUGUGCCGAUCCGACGCAGUUUAGAUGUUCGAAUGGGCAGUGUAUUAACUAUAACUUGGUUUGCAAUAAAGUAUCCGACUGUUCAGAUGAUUCAGAUGAACCUCUGCACUGUAACGUUGACGAAUGUGCUAAAGUUGAAAUUCAUCAAUGUGGCCACAAAUGUAUCGACACACCCACUGGAUACAAUUGUGAAUGUAACCAGGGAUACAAAUUAUUGGAAGAUGGAAAAGCAUGUGCGGAUAUCGACGAAUGCAUAGAAAAACCUCAAGUCUGCUCCCAAUACUGUUCGAACACUCCAGGCAGUUAUUACUGCAAAUGCAAUGACCAAUAUUACGAGAGGGAAAGUGACGAACAUACUUGCAAACGCAAAGACAAAGUUGAACCGUGGAUCAUAUUCACGAAUAAAUAUUAUAUCAGAAAUAUGUCAGUAGAUGCACACGUCUACAAUUUGAUCCAUCAGGACUUCAUGAAUGUCGUAGCAUUAGAUUAUGACAUGAAAGACCAGCACCUUUACUUCUGCGAUGUUACAGCGAAAACCAUAUUUAGAAGUCCUAUUGGAAGUAAGACUAAGGAGGCUGUCAUUCGUCAUGAUUCGCAUGGAUUGGAAGGGAUUUCUAUUGAUUGGAUUGGUCGGAAACUUUAUUGGCUUGAUAGGCAUUCUAAAAACCUGGACGUUGCAGAAUUGAAUGGAACGAAUCGAAAAACUUUGAGAAACAGUAUUCCAGAUCCUAGAGCCUUAGUAGUGCAUCCAGGUACAGGGUACUUGUACUUCAGUUCUUGGCAUCUACAAGCAUUUAUAGGAAAAUUGGGCAUGGAUGGAUCUAACUUUACUAUGAUUUUGAAUUGGGAAGAUGACAUUGCUUGGCCGAAUGCUUUGACUAUUGACUACUUCACAGAUCGUCUUUACUGGGCAGAUGCUCACUUAGAUUAUAUUGCCUUUUCUAAUUUGGAAGGUAAACACCGCCAUAUUGUUCUAUCAGGAAACUCUGUUCCGCAUGUUUUCGCAAUUUCCCUGUUCGAUGACUUCAUUUACUGGACUGAUUGGAACCUCAAAGCCAUUAGCAGAGCAAAUAAGUUCACAGGCAAAGAUUUAAUGGUCCUCCGAAAUACAACACACAAACCAUAUGAUAUCCACAUAUUCCACCGUCUCAGACAACUAACAUAUCAUGAUCCUUGUGGGGAUAACAACGGAGGUUGCUCGCACCUAUGCCUGAUAUCUCCGCCACCUGCUUCUAGUUAUCUGAAUAUUGAUGGUUAUGGUGAAGAGGGCCAAACUGCUCACAAGUGUGCUUGUCCAAAUCAGUACUACUUAUCCAACGACAGGAAGACUUGUAUUGCAAACUGUACGACUGGACAAUGGCAGUGUAAGGGAAAUGAUGAAAAGUGCAUACCUUGGUUCUGGCAAUGUGACGGUGAGAAAGAUUGCAAAGAUGGAUCUGAUGAGCCUCUAACUUGUCCACCAAGGCAAUGUCGAGCAGGUACUUUCCAGUGCAAGAAUUUGAACUGCACUCCUUCAGCAACAAUUUGCGAUGGAGUGGAUGACUGUGGCGAUAACUCAGAUGAACAAAAUUGCAAUAAAGAGUGUCCUGAGACUGAAAUGAAAUGCAAGUCCAAUGGAAGGUGCAUACUAAAUAGUUGGAAGUGCGAUGGAGACGCAGAUUGCAAAGAUGGCUCUGACGAGGAUCCUGAAAUAUGUAAUAGGCGCGCUUGCAACCCAGAUACAGAAUUCCCUUGUCGCAAUGGAAAAUGCAUACCUAAACUGUGGAUGUGUGAUUUUGAUAAUGAUUGUGGGGAUGAUUCUGAUGAACCAGCCUAUAUGUGCAGACAAAAGAACUGCACAACAGGAUGGCAGCGAUGUCCAGGACGAGCCAACUACAGGUGUAUACCAAAAUGGCUCUUCUGCGAUGGCAAAGAUGACUGUAGGGACAACUCAGACGAACUUCCUGAGAAUUGUCCAGCUUGUAACUUGGAGACUGACUUCAAGUGCAAAAACAAUAGAUGCAUCCCUAAGCAGUGGAAAUGUGACUUCUCUGAUGACUGUGGGGAUGGAUCCGAUGAACUAGAAGAAGUUUGUAACGGAGUAUUCAGGGAGUGUUCUGAAUCGGAAUUCCAAUGCCUCAACAGCAAAUGCAUAUCUUCAAGAUGGCGGUGUGAUCAUGAAGAUGACUGUGGUGAUAAUAGCGACGAAAGUGGUUGUGGUGGCUUCCAAUGUAAAAAUGGCACAUUCCAAUGUGCUUCAGGUCAUUGCAUCGCAUCUUAUUUCCGAUGCGAUGGCGAAAGAGAUUGCAGAGAUAUGUCGGACGAGAAGAACUGCCCUCCAAGGUAUCCUGGAGGAAAAUAUUGUCCCGAUUCUAGGUUCCAGUGUGACAACCAUUUGUGCAUUAGUCAAGCUGACUUAUGCGACGGGGCUGAUGAUUGCGGAGAUGGUUCCGAUGAGCUGCCAUCCUUGUGUACGAACUUCAAUUGUGACACUCUAAAACGAUUCCAAUGUGCCAACCAUAAGUGCAUACCACGUUAUCAACUUUGUGAUGACAUAGACAAUUGUGGUGAUGGUUCUGAUGAAAACAAUAUGACGUUAUGUGCCACCAAAAUGAAGGUAUGUGACCCGCUGACUGAGUUCAAGUGCGCUAAUAAGAAGUGCAUAGACAAGAAACAGGUCUGUGAUUUCGCUGACGAUUGUGGUGAUAGUUCUGAUGAGCUUGGUUGCCAUCAUAAUGAUGUAUGCUCUGAAGUAACACGUGGAGGCUGUGAACACCAUUGCAUGAACCUAACAUAUGGUGGCUACAUCUGUGCUUGUUAUUCAGGAUUCAUAAUAUCCAAAGAGAAUCGGAAAGUAUGUUCCGAUAUCGACGAAUGUGCUCAGCGAACACACCAUUGUUCACAAAUCUGCACUAAUCUAAAUGGAACUUACGCCUGCUCCUGCCAAGAUGGAUUCAAAUUGUCAGAUCAGUUGUCAGGAGUGUGUAAGGCUAUCAAGGAAGACAUAUCCAUCUUGGUAGGAAAUGGUGGUGAAAUAAGAACAUACGAUCUCAAAUUACAAGAUGUUGAUGGGUUGAUCACUGAUGGGCAACGAAUAGAUGCUAUUGACUAUAAUUCGAAGACUCAGAUGGUAUUUUGGACAGAUAGCAGACAAAAAACUAUCAAACGUUCGUUUAUGCUCAACGCACAGAAUGGUGCAGUGAAGGCUGGUUUCGCACAGGACUUGGAAAUGAAAGGUAACUCUAAACCAGUUGCUCUAUGUGUUGAUUGGGUCGCCAAUAACUUGUACUGGACAGAGACUGAUAGAGUUUCUAAACCAAAAGGAAGAGUGAUGGUAGCAAAAACUGAUGGAAGAUAUCGAAGAUCUUUGGUGAGUGUAGGUUUGGAAAAUCCUACAUCUAUAGUUGUUGAUCCCGUUAAAGGACGAAUGUUUUGGACUGAUGCAGGAACAUCACCAAAAAUAGAAGUAGCUUGGAUGGAUGGUUCAAAACGACGACCUCUGAUUACAGACGGAAUAAGACAUCCAACUGGAUUGGCUAUUGAUUAUGCUAUGGAUCAUAUUAUCUACUGGGUUGAUACUAAGCUCAACGUGAUCGAAAGUAUGAACUACGAUGGAAGUAAUAGGAAAGCUGUGAUUAGGGGAGACAUAUUGAAGCAUCCAGUAGCUUUAGAUGUUUUCGAAUCCAAUUUGUACUGGAUAACGAGAAAUACUGGCGAGUUGAUCAAGCAUGAUAAAUUUGGUCGCGGAGUUCCUGUUACUAUUCAGAGAGAUAUGCAGAAUCCAUCGAGUGUGAAAGUAUAUCACGAUCUCAGAUACAAUAGCUCGAUUCACAACCCGUGCCAAAACAGCGAUUGCUCGCACUUAUGUCUCAUAGUCCCCAAAGGCCACAGAUGCACCUGCCCAGAUUCUGCCAAUCCGACUCAAAAAAUCAAAGCUGAUAUCAGUUGUGAUGCGCCCUCAGAAAGAGAAAGGCCCUUACCAAGGAUUUGCAAAUGUGAAAAUGGUGGAAUUUGUCAAGAGUCUGACGAUAACGAUGACUUGAUCUGCCAAUGUUUGCCGGGGUAUCUAGGACAGUACUGCGAUGUCCAUUCAGAGCACAGCACAUCGAAUGAAUCCAGUAACACAUCAGCUAUUAUUAUUCCGAUCGUGGUUAUACUUUUCAUCUUAGGUGCCGCUACUGGUGUUUAUUUAUUCAUGAGAAGAAAGCCAUUUAAGGGUUCCGGAUUAGGUAGAUUGGCGAGCAGUCCAAGUGUGUCUUUCAGACAAGGAACGAACGUAGAGUUUGGAGCAAAUUCUUUCAAUAAUUCUAGUGGAAGCACUGAAGCCGAUGCUCGUAAUGUUGCAUACACUUUAGAUAGUGUCAACAGAAAUAAUAGAGAUUUCCACAAUCCCAUGUAUGAUGCUGUACAAAAUAAUCAGGAGGGCGUCACUAAUGGUAGUGGAGCUCUUUAUGAAGUAUCUUCAGAAACGCCUAAAUCAAAGGGAGACACUUUUCUUGAGCCUCCGAGUGCAGUCAUAGCUCCCUCAAGUAUAAAACACGUGUCAUCGUCCCAAGUUCAAGUACGACAUCGAGAACUAGACCCAGCUAUACGAGAUACUGGAAAGGAUACUCAAAACCUCGUUGAAGAAGACUGCUGAUACCUAUAAGUGGAAAUCAUUUACAUCUUACUAUAUAUAAUAGCAGAAGAUGUCAACGAGGAAAAUGUGCUGUAAAGUUUUAGUCAAUAUAAUAAUUUAUUUUUCGAAUUUAAAUUUUG